ACAUGACAGUGAACCUCUGAUUUGUUGGGGUUUGAUGUUCAGGACUUUGCCUGGAUGGUACUGGUGUGAGUGGGAAGAUGUAAGGGAUCAAAAUUGUAAAGUUUUGCUGUUUAAAGUCUGCAGUUUGUAGUUUAAUUUCUUUUUCUUGUCUUGUAUCGUGAUGCUUGUCUUCAUUGUCUUCAGCAGAAUGUCCUCAGUUGUGCUCGCCCCUUUCCACCAGUGAACAUGUCCAGAUGAACAUGGACUCAGACUCCGAGUGUCUCAGCCGAACACACGUGGAGCCACAGGAUGGUGAGAGUGAACGUCCGGUGAGCCUGGUGUCCACCCUGUCCUCCAGUUCAUCUCCUGAUAGCCGCAGCCUCUUUGGGAGCAUGGUGGCCCUUCCUUCCUCCAACCCCCCACCCACACCCAGCGAGGACGACAUCGACUUGGAGCUCUGUCCAGCCGAAAGCACCGGAUCCCAAGCCAGGGAGCAGAGCCCCGCCGGCUUGGGAUCCAGUGGUUGUUGGCAGGAACAGCUGGAACCUAGUGAGGUCCAACAGCAGUGGAAUAACAACAACACCACCUCCAGCAGGAAGCAUAGUGAAGAGACAUUUUAUUUUCCAUCUUCUCCGGUCAUCGCAGGCACCAUGGUGACCAACCCAAAGCUUACGUAUGUGGACCGUGUUGUCAUGGAGAUUAUUGAGACGGAGCGCAUGUACGUCAGGGAUCUGCGGAGCAUCGUGGAGGACUAUUUGGCUCACAUCAUCGAUACGGGAAACCUUCCAAUGCAACCGGAGCAGGUGUGCGCCCUGUUUGGAAACAUUGAGGACAUCUAUGAGUUUAACAGUGAGCUGCUCCAGGCUUUGGACCUGUGUGGGAAUGAUCCCGUGUCUGUCGCCCGAUGCUUCGUGGAGAAGAGUGAGUACUUUGAAAUCUACACGCAGUACUGCACCAACUAUCCAAACUCCGUGGCCACGCUGACCAACUGCAUGAGGAGUAAACCCUUGGCUAAGUUCUUCAGGGAGCGACAGGCCGCUCUGAAGCGCUCCCUGCCUUUGGGCUCUUACCUACUCAAACCGGUCCAGAGGAUCCUGAAGUACCACCUUCUGCUUCAGGAGAUCGCAAACCACUUUGACCCGGACGAGGAGGGCUAUGAGGUGGUUCAGGAGGCCAUAGACACCAUGAUGGGAGUGGCGUGGUACAUCAACGACAUGAAGAGGAAACACGAACACGCUGUCAGAGUGCAGGAGAUCCAAUCUCUUCUGAUCAACUGGAAGGGUUCUGACCUCACCACCUAUGGAGAGCUGGUCCUGGAGGGCACCUUUCAUGUCCUGCGGGCUAAGAACACCCGGACGCUCUUCCUCUUCGAAAGGAUGCUCCUCAUUACAAAGAAAAGAGCGGAACACUACGUCUACAAGAUCCACAUCUCUUGUUCCACCCUCAUGCUGCUCGACAGCGCCAAAGACCCACUGCUCUUCAGCGUCAUCCACUUCAGACAUCCCAAGCAGCCACAUACGGUCCAGGCCAAGUGUGUGGACGAGAAGGUUCUGUGGUGUCACCACAUUAAGAGGCUGAUUCUGGAGAAUCACCACACCAAAGUCCCACAGAAGGCAAAAGAAGCCAUGCUGGAGAAUUCUGCCUAUCCGAGAAAGUACCACUACGGUCCGGAGAAGCUGAAGAAAAGCAGCUCCUGCAACAGUCAAGACUUUAAUAUUAGAAGACGAAAUGACCGAAGGAAAUCAGAGCCUGUAAAACAAAUCAUGAGAAACACAAAAGCCGUUUUGAAGCAUGCCGACAGCGAGGGAACGCUGCUGAGGGAAAAAUGUGAGCUGCAGCCGACCUCCAGUGUCACCGUGCUGACCUCCAGUCCAGUUGAGCUCCUGGGUCAGAGGUCACAUUUGGAGAAUCUCGGCUCUGGAAUCGACUCUCAGCAGCAGCUAAGCCUGUGUGACAGAGACCCUAAGCUGGAUUCUUCACCCAGUGAGGGAGGGCUGGAGGAAGGGGAGAGUUUCAAGGAGGAUGUACUGAUGGGAGACGACCAGGUAGCCGACUUUGCCAGCUCUGUGCUGGCAGCCAUCUCCUGCUGGCACUAUAGAGCCAGAGCUUUGCUUUCUACUCACUUCACAACGGAUGAUCAGAUCAGAGAUUCUACUGAAAUGACAUCAAAAGAAGAGAGUGAAAUACUGAGCCAGGUCAGUGAGGAGGAGCUGUGCCCUGAAGAUCUUGGCCUUCCUACAAACCAGAGCCAUCAGCUGGAGGUGAAUUACUGCCAGCUGACGGAGUCCUGCUUUACUGCCUCCCAGCUCCAAGAAUCUGUCACCUCAGAAACUGAUGGUGCAUCAUUCCAUGAAACUGGAGAAGGGAAAGGAGAGAGUGACUCUUCCAGUCUCCAAGCAGAGGAGACGAGUGAACUAACAAACAGGAUGUUCUUGGAGGAGGAUGAGGAGGUGCUGUCGGACCAUAAGAGCAACCUACCGUCCUCUGUUCUAAGUGAGAUUGCUGAGCACUUCACAAGCAGUCCGUCUGGAUGGAGGAGUCUGGUUUCGGAUGAUCUGAGUUCACUGGCACGCCCCUCAUCCCUAGUAGAAAAUGACACGGUCAGUUACCUGUCAGACUGCUUGGACCAGGACGAAAAGACUCAAGAGUUCUCAAGUGAUUCGUCACCGCCACUAGUGGAACCAGACCACUCAACUCUGAUACCUGAUCCUGAACAAAAUCCCUUCACUGAAGAAGAACGCAGGUCCACUCUCUCUAAACAGGACCGCCUCCUUAUUCACAAGAUCAGAAGAUACUAUGAACAUGCUGAGGACCAAGAUGCUACUUUCAGUAUCAAGCGCAGGGAAAGUCUGUCCUAUAUUCCAGCAGGUUUGGUGAGACAUCUGAGCCGACAAAUUAACAGCAUUCCCCAGGAAGUGCUGUUGCAGGUGCAAAGGAGAAGCCCUUCUCGAAAUCGACCCACUUCUUGGUCUGUCUUUGACCUUCCUGGGUUAGAAAAGAGUCACACCACUGAAACUCAACCUGUGAUUGAAUCACAGGGACCAACGGAACCCAGACUUAGAUCUCAGAGUGUCACUGAUGCAUCUACUUCUGAUGAAGAGUUUAGACCUUCAUCAGAAAUGCUCAAGGUUUGGCAAGACAUGGAUGUAAAUACAAGUUUUGAGGAGAUUCAGGUCCACCAGACAGUAGAUGAGGAUGUUCACUCAGUGCUUGAGCUGUCGCAGAGAGAUGAUGUGAGCUCAGAGAAGUUGGUUCAUGUUUUAGAAGAGUGUGACAUAAGUACAGCUGCAGACGGGUCCUCUGUCUUAUCUCCGGGCACAAGUUUUCCCUCAUCAGAGGAGAAAUCUGAUCAGGACUUUGAUCCAUGCAAAAACCCCACUGCCCAAGAGGACAACCAAGUUACCAGUAACACUGGAACUAGUAUGGAUCAGGACCAAAUCCUGCAAGGCACGGGAAAGAUUAAGAACAAGGUCUUCCACCUCGCACGACAGUACAGUCAGCGCAUUAAAAACAACAGGCCACCAAUGAUGUGGCAGAGGAACCGAGACACCAAGAACAUCCCUUUAGGCCACAAAGAUCAGAGGAACAAUGGUAAACUGAACUUGACUUUGCACUUGAACAGCUGUAAAGAAGCAAUCAUUCCUGAACUGCGUUCCCCAAGUGUAGUCCACACCCCCACCUCUGGAACCAGCUCCCAUGGCUCAUUUCCCUGCCCACAAAGCCCAGAGUCAGAGACCUUCCAGUGGCCUGAUGUGCAGGAGCUGCGCUCCAAAUACACUUCGUUGAGACUGGAGACUGGGACCUCCCACCCUUUACAAGUUACCCAAAGUUACACAGUCCCAGGUGGAAUGUUGGGGCACCUGAGCUGCAGCAGCUUGGAAGCCAGUGGGUGCUCCCGUAGCUGCAACACCUCCCCGAACUCUUACAGCACCAUGAUGGCCAGUCCUGAAGCUCAGUCUAGGACACUGUUUAAGGGUAAGGCUCUCACAGUUGAUGACUGGCCCAAACCCCAGUCCCAUCGUCAGCUUCAGCCCCCGUUAUGCAGAUGGAGCUCACUGGAUCAUAUCCUUCCUCUCCACGAAGUCCAGAACUUUGAGAAACCUUUAAGAACCUUUCACAAAGCUGGUCAGGGUUCUGCAAUAACACGAGAAACUGGGAAAACUGAUGUGGACGACCUUCUUCAGGAGAGUUCAGGGAAGAUCUCCAAGACUAAUCUAGUGAAGAAUUUGCGGGACAAGUUCCAGAACUUAAGCCUGGGUUUGUGAUGUGUGUUCAGUGUUAAGAAUUGCAUGAACAAGUUCUGGACAUGAACCACAUAUUGGGUCCUUUGCAACAUGUCAUUUUUGCCCAGAUUAUGAACUUUCCUCCCAACAGUUGACAGUUUGUACUAUGGGCUCCCUGCACAAAGAUUCCAGGCUGCACUUGAAGUACUGUGAAAAGAAUGUAAAUUUAGUGUCACUGACGCCGUGAUAAUUCAUCAAUCAGAGCCGCUUCCACGAGUUUGCUUUUUUAAUUCUGCGGUGCUUCGUGUUGUGCAACACUUCAGUUUCAAAUUCAAAUGUUCUUUUUGAACAGACACUUUAGGUACUUUUUUAUGUUUUCAGCAACUUGUUGCUGGGUUGCACCCAGUUGUUAAAGCCGUCUGCAAAUUGCUUUGACCAAUUAGUUCACGACCCAAACACAUUCCGCUGUGUUCAACACCCAGUGAAACCCAGUUUUUCCAAAUGUAACCAGGUAGCAGGUGAAGAGUCGAACCACUGAAGAGUCACCUCUCCCAACAUGCCAUUUUACUGUUGGUUUGGGGCUGUUAAAACCAGUUUAAAAAACAAAACACCAAAAACAUGCAGUUUCUGUUUCAAACCCAUCUGUGAUCCAUAGUGUUUGAAUCAGUCUCAUCCUUUUUCCACCAAGGAUGACAGACUGGUUUAAACUGGUCUACACUGUCUCUAACCAGUCAAAACACGGCAUUAAAAGAAUUCCUGACGAUUGAUUGUUUGAUGAAUCCGUAAUGGCUUUGAUUUCCAGGCUCCGCCCACUCGUUCUUGUGUCACUGGAGAAUGCUCCUCUGGAUUAAGAUCUCAUGUGGUUUAGGAACUGGAUUAGUAAGAAAUGUUUGUGAAAAAGUUCCUGUGAAAAGUCCCGUGUGUCCUUUUUGACUGAUUUUAUGAUUUUUAUUUUGUUUCUUUCCCCACAUGGUGGAUGUGGGUUGAUUUGAUUUGUCUUAACAAAAAUGUAAGAUAAAAGCAACAUUGGUGGUCAGCAAAUACUAGAUUGUGUGCUGCAGUAUUUGUACAUUAACUGUGUAUGUAGAAAUACCAGGUGUCUUUUAUAGUCCUGUUUAUAUACUGGGCCCGAAUUUUGGGCCUGUUUUCAUUCGACUCUGUUUGCAGACACCUGAAGACUGACAGGACAAUAUGAACCCUCCAAAAGGAAUCAAUGAACUGUGCAGGUUUGACCGGCAGUCACAAAACCUCCACAUCUACUGUAGCUGCUUCAAAACCUGUUUUCACACAUCACUGGAGCUUUAGUUUUCUUUACCUGAUGUACAUUUUCUUUAUUAUUUAUUAAACCGUUUUGGGAAGAUUUCAGCCACAUUGACUUUUGGGGGAAUAUAUAUAUAUGUAUAUAUAUGUGUGUGUGUGUUUCAUACUUGAAGAUUGUCAUUUUUCAAUUAAAAAAAAA